AUGUUUGGAGGUGUUGUGACUGUUCCUAGCAACAGUCCACAUCUGCGGAAAUCUGGGAGCAGACCUGUCGUCUCUGAUCUUGAUACAAGUGACCUGGGAAGUAGUGUCGAAGAAAAUUUUUUGCAUUCAAUAGAGUCAAAUGAAAUGAAGGGUAUAAGCACGCCAUUGAGCAGUGCUGCGAUAAUGCCAUCUCCAAUUCUUCUUUGGAGAUUUAAGGUACUAUUGUUUUUCAUCUGGGGUUUUAGUUGUUGCAAGCAGUUUAGGAAGCUGUUGUGCUUUCUCUUGAUUGGAUGGGACUCCGUGAUGAGAAUGAGUGUGGACAAGCGAGAUCUAUUUCUAUAUGAGGCUUUUUUGUAUUAUAAUCCUCUUCUUCUUGUGACUUUGAUGGUUUGGCUUUGGGGUGUAAAUUUAUGGGUCUUUGCCCAGGGUAACAUCAAUUAUGCAAAAAUUUUUGACCUUGAUCAAAAUCAUCUUACCUGCAGAGAAAUAUGGAAGUGUGCCACCUGGAUGACAAUCGUUGUUCCAACUAGCAUGACAGCCUAUCUUUAUCUUUAUUCUCACGGAGAAGUUUCAUUGGCUGCUUCCCAACCAGUGCUUUUAUAUGCUGCUGUUGCAAUGGUUCUGAUAUUCCCCUUUGAUAUUUUUUAUUUGUCAUCUCGCUUCUUUUUGUUGAGGACUCUUUGGCGGAUUGUAUUCCCAUUACAGGCAAUUACAUUUGCCGACUUUUUCUUGGCUGAUAUAUUAACCUCUAUGUCAAAGGCAAUUACAUUUGCCGACUUUUUCUUGGCUGAUAUAUUAACCUCUAUGUCAAAGGCAAUUACAUUUGCCGACUUUUUCUUGGCUGAUAUAUUAACCUCUAUGUCAAAGGUAUUUUCUGAUUUGGAGCGCUCGGUUUGUCGCAUGGUUCAUCGUCAGGUUGCCACUAUUGCAUGGUUUGAGGCUGAUUCUGUUUGUGGCAGUCAUGCUAUUGCUAUCCCUAUUGUUCUUGUUUUGCCUUAUAUCUUUCGUCUCUUUCAAUGUCUUCGGCAAUACAAGGAUACUGGGGAGAAAAAUACGCUGCUGAAUGCUUUAAAAUAUUCGACUGCAGUACCGGUGAUUUUUCUUUCAGCCCUUAAGUAUCAUGUCUUCCCUGAUAAGUGGACCAACAUGUAUCGUCCUCUAUGGCUUCUGUCAAGUGUUCUGAACUCUUUAUACUCAUUCUACUGGGACGUGACCCGUGAUUGGGACUUGAGCGGCUUCACCCGGAUUUUCAAGUUCAGCAAACCCCAUCUCUUCUCUCACAUGUUAUAUGGAAGGAAAUGGGUUUAUUUUUGGGUAAUAGGAAGCAAUCUGAUCCUGAGGUGCACAUGGACAUACAAGCUGUCGGCCCAUCUCCGCCAUAAUUACAUUACUCUCUUUACAAUUACUGCUUUGGAAAUAUUCCGCCGCUUCCAAUGGGUGUUCUUCCGUGUAGAGAAUGAGUGGAACAAAAUGAACUCCAAGCCGAACAUUCAGCUGGGUGACAUCUCAAAUGAUGAAGAAAAAUUACUCAACUCCAAUGAUCACAAUAUAUAGACCACAACAGAGUAGCUUUCGUUGUAAGCAGCACUGCUCGAGUUUUAUUACUAACACGCUCCAUAUGCUCAAUGAAUGGGUUUGUCCAUUCCAUUUUUAUCCUCAAAAUUCAUAGCUUACAUUGAUAUUUCUUCUUGAUUAUAGAAAAUUAGGUCAUUGAUAUGCUUACAACAUCC